CGAUUAGGCGCCAUUUCGUUGCGGAGUUGUUGAGUAGUGUCUCGGUGGAGCUAACGGAGGACUGUGAUAAUACUCCGCCUUCAGCCCGAUGGAAGCGGCCGGCAACCCGCAUCACGACAGCUCUCUGGUCGGGUUGUCCAGUGGCGGGAUGGACCAACACAGUAGUUCGGGCAAACGCAUUCGUAAGCCCUCCCUGCUGUACGAGGACUUCGAGAGCCCAUCUCUGCCACACACGAUGCCCCAGGGUCCUCCUGUCCCACCACAGCCCCCAGUGAAGGAUCCCAGCCGGCCUGGCCGCAUAACUAACCAGCUGCAGUUUCUCCAGAGGACCCUGAUGAAGUAUCUUUGGAGGCAUCAAUUUUCCUGGCCUUUCCGCGAGCCUGUGGAUGCCUACAGGCUUAACCUACCAGAUUACCAUAAAAUUAUCAAACAACCCAUGGACAUGGGGACCAUCAAAAGGCGUCUGGAGAACAACUUCUACCGCAGCGCAAGCGAGUGCAUACAGGACUUCAACACAAUGUUCACCAACUGCUACAUCUACAACAAGCCGACAGACGACAUUGUGCUGAUGGCUCAGCCCUUAGAGAAGAUCUUUCUCCAAAAGGUGGCCCAGAUGCCCGAGGACGAAGUUGAGCUGCCUCCUCCAGCUGCUCGAAGCAAGAACAGCAGGGGAAGAGGUCGCAAGUCUAACUCGAGGGCUCAGCAGGUGCCAGCGGUGUCCCAGUCAGCCUACUCCCCCUCUUCCUCGGACACUGGGGAGUCCAUGCUGGCCAACUCUCCCCAGACUGUGCUGACCAAAAGCCUGCCUCCGGCCAACAUCAUGGGCCUGCCCCCUACACAGCCCACAACCAAGAAAAAAGGUGUGAAACGUAAGGCAGACACCACCACCCCCUCCACCAUGGGCUUGACUGUGGGCAUGUCGGGAGCAACGCACAUGGUGGGCUUGGGGAAAGGAGGCCACGGGGGCCAGGUCCACGACACCUCCUUGCACACCAUCUCCUCCAUUGGGGGCAUGAGCUUGGAGACCCCACCUGGGAUGGGCCUGGUCAGGAGCCCUGGAGGUCCCGUCCUGCUCCAGCCAAUGAUGGCAGGCAGCGGACGCAGAGUGGGCAGCGGACGCCCCAUUAAACCCCCCAAGAAGGACUUGCCUGAUUCUGUCCAGGCUCAGCCCUCAAGGAAGGGCAAGCUAAGCCCUCAGCUGAGGUACUGCAGUGGGCUGCUGAAGGACAUGUUGUCAAAGAAACAUGCUGCGUACGCUUGGCCUUUCUACACACCUGUGGACGCAGCUGCACUGGGACUUCAUGACUAUCAUGACAUCAUUAAGUGUCCCAUGGACCUCAGCACCAUCAAGAGGAAGAUGGACUGUCGUGAAUACAGGGACGCUCAACAGUUUGCUAGCGAUGUCAGACUCAUGUUCUCCAACUGCUACAAGUACAACCCACCUGACCAUGAUGUCGUGGGCAUGGCACGGAAACUGCAGGAUGUAUUUGAGUUCCGUUUUGCCAAGAUGCCAGACGAACCACAUAUGGAUCACACAGCCAUGUCAAUGAGUGGCCAUCCAACGUCCUCGUCGUCCUCUUCCUCGUCCUCGUCGUCCUCCUCUUCCUCCACCUCUGACAGUGAGCCGAGCAGUGAGAGUGAAGAGAGUGAGAGCAGCCCCAACUCAGACAGCGAGGAAGAGCGAGCACAUCGUUUGGCUGAGUUACAGGACCAGGUGUGCACACAACUCAGAGCCAUGCAUGAGCAGCUGGCUGCCCUCUCCCAAGGCCCCAUCGUCAAGGCCAAGAAGAAGAAAGAGAAGAAGGACAAAAAGGAGAAAAAGAAGAAGCAGAAGAAGCUGGAGAAGCGAAGUCGAGCUGUGAGAAGCAGAGCUGGCUCUGAGGAAUGGAAAAUGCCCGGCAAGAUCCUGAAAACCAAGUCUGCCAGAGCAGGUGGCUCCCAGCCCAAGAAGAGCCAGGGGAAGAAGAGUAACAAGAACAGCAAGGCCACAAAAAAGCCAUUCUACCCCCCACCGCCCACUUCCAUGCUGCCGCACUACGACUCUGAGGAAGAGGAGGAGAUCGUGCCCAUGUCAUACGAUGAGAAGCGCCAGCUGAGCCUUGACAUCAACAAGCUGCCGGGGGAGAAGCUGGGUCGUGUGGUCCACAUCAUUCAGUCCAGGGAGCCUUCACUGAGGGACACCAACCCCGAGGAGAUAGAGAUCGACUUUGAAACGCUCAAACCGUCGACACUGAAAGAACUGGAGCGCUACGUCAUGACCUGUCUGAGGAAGAAGCCCCGCAAGCCUUACGGUGAACAAGGCGCAGCAGGAAAGAAAGGCGGUGUUGGCAAGUCUAAAGAGGAGCUGACUCUGGAGAAGAGGAUGGAGCUGGAGAGGAGGCUGCAAGAUGUCAGUGGGCAACUAAAUUCUGUCAAGAAACCUACGAAACCUAAAGUGGAGAAGCCCAGCACUGUCGAGACUCACACCCAGCCCUCUCGCCUCAGCGGCAGCAGUUCCUCCUCCGACUCGUCUUCUUCCUCGUCUUCUUCCUCGUCUUCAGACACCAGUGAUUCAGACUCUGGUUGAGAUCCGUAGCACUGGCUAAGAGAGAAAACACUAAUAACUCAGGGACUUGGGCUGGCCCAGGACACAACGCACCCUGAAACAGUAGUGGGCUGAGAGAUAUUAGAUACCAUGGCGAAAAACACUCCGAGUGGACUCUUAAAAUGUUUUGAAUGUGGGAUCGAGGGAUGAGAAACAACGUCUCGGUGGAUAAUCGUAGAACAUAAACACUAAAUGCCUUGGUUUCCCCCUCCUCCCCUUUUUGUAAAUACUUGUACAAAUUUAUGUUUCUUUUAUAAAGAAGAAUUUUAUGGUGAUCCCCCAAAGAGGGAAGCGGAGUACUAGAAGAAGGAUGUGGAAAGACGGGCCUUACUCCAAAUCUGAUUUGGCUGGCCUCAGGCUGUGUCCUCUGUGGUGACAGAAUGGAAGAGUGAUUAUUUAUUUGUUUUCUUCACCUACAUUUCCUCAGACGUUACUGGAAUUUGAACCGGCAACCUUUUUGGUCUCAAGCCUUGCUUUUCUAACAUCUGGCCUUCUGCCGCGCUUAAUAUUUUAGAUCAACCUCUAGAAUCAGCCUUAAUCAUCCAGAUUGUUAAUAUUUAGAUUAUUUGGAAAAAAUAAUAUAUUGUUAUGGAGCGGUAAGAUUCCUUCUCAUGUUCACAGGAGCUAUUGAGCAGUUAAGAAGAGCAGACCUCUGGAAUCUGCCAUUUUCAGGUCAAAAUUUGAAGCCAGUUACGGUUUGAGUUCUGGAUCAUUCCUCUUUUAUGUUUACACACAUUGUUCUUGCAGUGAAAUCUCAGUUUGACAUUGAGCUUUAGGCUGCAUUCUGAUUUUACAGUUGUUUUCUGAAAACAAAGUGGGUUUAUAGUACAGUAUAGAAAUGGUUUAACAUACUGUAACUGUAAAGUUUGCAAUUGAGUAACUCAUUCAGUUUGUAUUGAUUUUGAUGGCUGCACUAUUCUCCUAGAAGUCCACCAGUCUUAUAAAUAUGACACUUCAUUGCAAGUACUGUCUUCAGUAUUUAGAAAUCAGCUCUUUACUGUUCAGCUUCGAUAUUGUUCUCAACAUUUCUCUUCAUUACAUCAAACUGUAACUGAAGUGUGCAUCUAUUACACAAGAGCUGAACACAUGCUGCUGAAUGUUAUCAGAUUAUAGCGCAGGUUUCUAAUUUCCACAUUAAUCUCCUGAACAUGUGAAGUAUUGCAUUGCUGUUUCUUGAAGACAUCUGUAGCACUUAGAAACCCCGGUGAAGGUUUCUUAAAGAAAUCUUUCGGCUGCUCGGCACUUACUGGAACAAACGGUGUUGACUGAAUAACACCACAGGUUUCCCAUAAAGAGACAACAAAGUCCUCAUAGCCCCAUGCAUAGUUGAAGCUGUUGUUGAAUGUUCAGUGAAAGAAUAUAUGCUUGUAUAUACUUAAACUGUAUUUGCUGUCGCACAAACUAUUGUAUUUCUGCUGUUCAGUCUUUCCUUUCUUUUCAGUUAUCUUGUUUCCUUUUUUACAUGCUGUUAUUUCUCAUUCAAGUUAACUGUCUUAGUUGUUUCCUGAAGAGAGUUCACAUGAGCAUCGCUGCCUCUGGUCAAGCAGGUCGUUGCCUCUCAGAAGCAUACCUUCAUUUGACAAGUGUGUGUUUAUUAAAAUAUUCUCUUCUGUAGAAAGA